AUGAUGGAUCUGUCUGAGUUUGGAGAUGCUGCAGCCUUUCUCAGAAGAAAUAAGGAUGAUCCUCUGUUAGAGUCCCCAGCCUUUGAUGGGAAGAAGAAAUGCUGGGUUCACGAUGGGAAGAAUGUUUAUAUCGAGGCUGAGGUUAAAGAGAGUGACGGUGAUGGAAAAGUACUUGUAGAAACUAGAGAUGGAGAGAGUCUGAGAAUUAAGGAGGACAAUAUCCAACAGAUGAACCCUGCAGAGCUUGAAAUGGUUGAAGAUCUGUCAAUGCUGCUUCACCUCAAUGAGGCAUCUGUGCUUUACACCCUGAGGAGACGUUAUGACCAUUGGAUGAUCUAUACGUAUUCAGGCCUCUUCUGCGUGGCUAUAAACCCUUACAAGUGGCUUCCAGUGUAUCAGAAAGAGGUCAUGGCUGCCUAUCACAGGAAGAGGCGAUCCGAGGCUCCCCCUCACAUCUUUGCUGUCGCCAAUAGUGCCCUUCAGGAGAUGCUCCGCAGUGGAGAGAAUCAGUCCAUACUCUUCACAGGAGAAUCUGGUGCUGGAAAGACAGUGAACACCAAACUGACGAUUCAGUAUUUCGCCACUGUGGCAGCUGUAAGUGAGACCAAGAAAAAGCCGGGGAUUUCAGAAGAUCAAAUUGUACAAACGAAUCCUGUCUUAGAAGCAUUUGGAAAUGCCAAAACUCUGAGAAACGACAACUCUUCUCGUUUCGGAAAAGUCAUCAGGAUGCAUUUUGGUGCAAGAGGCACACUGUCAUCUGCAGAUAUCCAGAUCUAUUUUCUAGAAAAAUCCCGGGUGGUUUAUCAGCAGCCUGGAGAGAGGAAUUACCAUAUCUUUUAUCAGAUUCUGUCUGGAAAACAAGAACUUCAGGACAUGCUCCUGGUGUCUACAAAUCCCUCUGACUUUCACAUUUGCUCCUGUGGAGUGGUUGCUGUGGAGAGCUUAGAUGAUGCGGAAGAAUUUCUGGCCACAGAAAAAGCCAUAGACACCUUGGGAUUUCUUCCUGAUGAGAAGCUUCGGUGCUAUAAGAUCAUUGGAGCCAUCAUGCACAUUGGAAACCUGAAAUUUAGACAGAAUCCCAGAGAAGAGCAACUGGAGGCUGAUGGCACAGAAAAUGCUGACAAAGCUGCUUCUCUCAUGGGCAUUAACUCUUCUGAGUUGGUGAAGGGCCUGAUCUAUCCUAGAAUCAAAGUUGGUAAUGAGUAUGUUACCAGAAGUCAAACUGUACAACAGGUAACCUAUGCUGUCGGUGCACUGUCUAAGUCAAUCUACGAAAGGACGUUUAAGUGGCUGGUGGCACGCAUAAACCAGGUCCUGGAUGCCCAGCUGUCAAGCCACUUCUUCAUAGCUGUUCUUGACAUCACUGGUUUUGAAAUACUCGAUUACAAUAGUCUUGAGCAACUCUGCAUUAAUUUUGCCAAUGAAAAGUUGCAACAGUUUUUCAAUCAGCACAUGUUUAUUCUGGAGCAAGAAGAAUACAAGAAUGAAGGUCUUGACUGGAUAUCCAUUGACUAUGGUCUGGAUUUGCAAGCCUGCAUAGAUCUCAUUGAGAAGCCCAUGGGCAUUCUUUCCAUCCUUGAAGAGGAAUGUAUGUUUCCUAAAGCUACUGACAAGACUUUUGAGACCAAGCUCUUUGAUAACCAUUUUGGAAAGUCACCUUACUUCCAGAAACCUGCAUCUGCUGGGAAGAACUCUGAAGUUCACUUUGAACUUGCUCAUUAUGCUGGAGUGGUCCCUUAUAAUGUCAGUGGUUGGCUUGGAAAGAACAAAGACAUUCUUAAUGAAACUGUGGUGGCUCUCCUUCAGAAGUCCUCCAACAGAGUCCUGGCGAGUCUCUUUACCAAGGACUUCCUUUCUGGCAGUGCUAAACAGUUUGGCGAGAAGACACACAGGAAAGGAGCAUCGUUCCAGUUGAUUUCAUCUCUGCAUAAAGAAAACAUAAAUAAAUUGAUGACAGAUUUGCAAUCAACCACACCUCAUUUUGUGAGAUGUAUAAAUCCAAAUAUGAACAAAAUGCCAGGUGUAUUGGACCCUUUCUUGGUUCUCCAGCAGCUUCGAUGUAAUGGUGUCUUGGAGGGGAUUAGAGUAUGCUGUGAAGGCUUUCCAAGUCGGAUGCUAUAUGAUGACUUUAAGCAAAGGUACUGCAUUCUAAACCCAAGGACCUUUUCAAAGAGUGACUUUGUGAGCAGCAGAAAAGCAACUGAAGAAGUACUUGGUUUCUUGGAGAUAGACCAUUCCCAGUACCUGUGUGGAGUCACCAAGGUGUUUUUUAAACCUAGCAUUCUGGACCAGUUGGAAGAAAGGAGAGAUGAGAAAAUAUCUAAAGUCUUCACCUUGCUCCAAGCCAGAGCACGGGGAAAGCUGAUGCGUAUUACAUUCCAGAAGAUUCUAGAAGAAAGGGAUGCCCUUGUUUUGAUCCAAGAGAACAUAAGAGCUUUUAUGGCUGUGAAGAGCUGGCCCUGGAUGGGGCUCUUCUUCAAGACCAAGCCUCUUGCUAAGUCUGUGGGAGUUGGAGAGGAGGUAGCGGGACUGAAGGAAGAGUGUGCACAACUUCAGAAGGCUUUGGCGAAUUCAGAAUCCCAGAGGGAGGAACUGAAAACAAAGCAAGUCUCCCUUGUCCAAGAAAAGAAUGAUCUACUUCUAAAGUUGCAGGCUGAACAAGAGACCCUGGAAAAUGCCAAGGAACAGUGUGAGUCGCUGAUUAAAUCCAAGAUGCAGCUGGAGGACAGAGUCAAGGAGCUGUCUGGGAGGAUGGAGGAAGAAGAGGAGAUAAAUUCUGAGCUGACGGCCAGGGGGCGGAAACUGGAAGAUGAAUGUUCUGAGUUGAAGAAGGAGAUCUAUGACCUGGAAACAAUCUUGGCAAAGUCAGAGAAGGAAAAGUGUGCAGCAGAGCACAAGGUCAGGAUCCUGACUGAGGAAGUGUACUCUCUCAAUGAGGAAGUCAGCAAACUUACCAGAGCAGUGAAGGCUGCGCAAGAGGUCCAGCAGCAGACCCAGGAGCAUCUGCACAUAGAGGAGGAGAAACUCAGCAACAUGAGCAAAGCAAGCCUGAAGCUGGGUCAACAAGUUGAAGCGUUGGACGGUGCCCUUGAACGGGAGAGGAAAGCCAGAAUGAAGUGUGAGAGGGAGAAGCUCAAGUUAGAGGGUGAGUUAAAGAAGAACCAGGAGGAUGCCGAGAACCUGGAGAGCAGCAAGUGGCAGCUGGCCGAGCAGCUGAGGAAGAAAGAAUUUGAAAUGAGUCAGAUGAAUUCAAAAGUGGAGAGUGAGAAGAACUUGGUAUCUCAGCUUCAGAAGAUGAUGAAAGACCUUCAGGCUCAAAUACUAAAUUUGAAAGAGGAACUGGAAAAUGAAAGGACCACUAGAGCCAAGGUGGAAAGAGAGAAAGCUGACCUCACCCAAGACUUAGAAGAUUUGAAGGAGAGGCUAGAAGAGGCAGGGGGCACCAGUUUGGCUCAGAUGGAGGUAACCAAGCAACAGGAAGCAAGAUUUCAGAAGCUUCGCCAUGACAUGGAGGAGACUACGAGACACUUUGAGGCAACCUCUAUCUCUUUGAAAAAGAGACAUGCAGAGAACCUGGCUGAGCUUGAAGGCCAGGUAGAACAUUUACAGCAGGUCAGGCAGGUGCUAGAACAAGAAAAGAGUGAGCUGCAGUUACAAGUGGAUGACCUCCUGACCCGUGUCGACCAGAUGGCCAGAGCAAAGGCAAAUGCUGAGAGAGUCUGCAGUGUGGCUGAAAGGCGCUUGAAUGAAGCAAACACAAAACUGAAUGAGGUGACUCAGUUAGCAAAUGACCUGACAGCACAGAAGACGAAAUUUCAGAGUGAGAGCGGUGAGUUCUUAAGAAGACUGGAAGAAAAGGAGGCUCUGAUAAGCCAACUUUCCAGGGAAAAGAGCAACUUUACUCUGCAAAUUGAAGAACUGAGAGGACAGCUAGAAGAAGAGACCAGGUCUCAGAGUGCCUUGGCCCAUGCCCUGCAAUCGGUCAAGAAUGACUAUCACCUUCUACGAGAGCAGUAUGAGGAAGAGCAAGAGGUCAAGACUGAGCUGCACCGGGCUCUCUCCAAGGUCAACAAGGAAACAGUGCAGUGGAGAGUGAAGUAUGAACACGACACCAUCCAGAGAACUGAGGACGUGGAGGAAGCCAAGAAGAAGCUGGCGAUUAGGCUGCAGGAGGCUGCCGAAGCCAUGGAGGUGGCCAAUGCCAGGAAUGCCUCCCUGGAGAGGGCCAGGCACAGGCUCCAGCUGGAGCUGGGGGAUGCCCUUUCUGACCUGCAGAAGGCCCGCUCUGUGGCAGCUGCCCUGGAGCUGAAGCAGCAGCACUCAGACCAGGCCCUGGCUGCCUGGAAGCAGAAGCAGGAGGAGGCCCAGGCGCUGCUGCAGGCCUCUCAGAAGGAGGCCCGGGCCCUCGGCACUGAGGUCCUCACCCUCAGGCACGCCUGUGAGGAAAGCACCGAGGCCCAGGAGACACUGAGGAGGCAGAACCAAGACCUUCAGGAACAGAUUUGUAGUCUCACGAACCAGGUGAGAGAAGGGAUCAAGAAUUUAGCUGACGUGGAAAAGGCCAAGAAAUUGAUUGAACAAGAGAAGACUGAUGCCCAAAUGAUGCUGGAGGAAACAGAGGGAGCCCUGGAGAGGAAUGAAAGCAAGAUUCUUCAUUUCCAGCUUGAACUCUCGGAAGCUAAGGCAGAGCUGGAAAGGAAGCUGUCGGAGAAAGAGGAAGAAACAGAGAAGUUGAGGGAGAAGCAUCAGCAGGCCCUGGGUUCCCUGCAGUCCAGUCUGGAUUCUGAAACUUCGAGCAGAAUGGAGGCCACCCGGCUGAGGAAGAAGAUGGAAGAGGACCUCAAGGAGGUGGAGAUUCGGCUUUGUGCUGCCAACGGGCAGGUGUCACAGACAACUAGAGCCUUGGGCCAGCUUCAGAGUCAAAUGAAGGAGCUCCAACAGCAGCUGGAUAACAGCACGUACCAGAACAAGGACCUGAAGGAACAGGUGGCUCUGGCUGAGCAGCGCAACACUCUUCUUCAGUCUGAACUAGAAGAACUGAGGUCCUUGCAAGAGCAGACAGAGCGAGGGCGCAAGCUGGCAGAAAAAGAGCUCCUGGAAGCCACAGAAAGAAUCAAUCUUUUCCACACUCAGAACACAGGUCUCCUCAGCCAGAAGAAGAAACUGGAGGCUGAUGUUGCCCAGAUGCAGAAGGAAGCUGGAGAGAUGUUGCAGAGGUGUCAAAGGGCAGAAGAAAAGGCCAGAAAGGCAGCUGCUGAGGCAGCCAACACGUCGGAAGAACUGAAGAAAGAACAAGACACUAGUGCUCACUUGGAGAAGAUGAGGAAGAAUAUGGACCAGACAAUUAAAGACUUGCAGAAAAGGCUGGAUGAAGCAGAACAGACAGCUGUGCUGGGGAGCAAAAAGCAAAUCCAGAAACUGGAAUCCAGGGUGCGGGACCUGGAAGGGGAACUGGAAGCCGAACUCAGGCGCAGUGCAGAGGCCCAGCGGGAAGCUCGCAGACUGGAGCGAGGCAUCAAAGAGCUGACCUAUCAGGCAGAAGAAGAUAAGAAGAAUCUGAACAGGAUGCAGGCUCUGUCUGAUAAACUUCAGCUGAAAGUGCAGAGCUACAAGCAGCAAAUGGAAGCCGCGGAGGCUCAAGCUAAUCAAUACCUUUCCAAGCAUAGGAAGCAGCAGCAGGAGCUGAAGGAAGUCAAGGAGAGGGCAGAGGUAGCAGAAUCUCAAGUCAAUAAGCUCAAAGCCAAGGUGAAGGAGUUUGAAAAAAAGGUUCGAGAAGAAUAA